CUUUUGCCCGCUACAAGGAUACUAGUUGCACUCGUCGCAUUCUCCAUUUGCCUCCUUGCCAUGACCUCGACCAGCAGCAAUCCGUAUUCUGUAGUGCUGGCCAUCUCCCUUGUCGCCGUCACGGUCGCAUGGGGCGGCACCGUCGGGCUCUUGGUCGGCAUGUAUGCGUCUCGUCCACCGGCAACCUCAAACACCCACGUCGAGAAUGAAACCCGCAACGGCCAUCGAGACCGCGAAGGUUCCGUGUCCAACGCGGGAGACGCCAAGAUCAUGGACAAACAUGCGCUGGUGGACGUUCGCAUCGGCGGCAUCCGUGCGCUCAUCCCACCCGUGUGCCUUCUCGAACAAGUGCCGCGCACUGUGGCCAUUGCCCGCACCGUGAACAAGGGCCGUCAAGAAGUGAACAACAUCCUGCGUCGCGUGGACGACCGCCUUGUCGUCAUCGUCGGCCCAUGUUCGAUCCACGACCCCAAAGCCGCCUUGGAGUAUGCGGUGAAACUCAAGGCCCUUCGCGACACGCUGGACAAGGAUUUACUCGUGGUCAUGCGCGUGUACUUUGAAAAGCCGCGGACCACCGUCGGGUGGAAAGGACUCAUCAACGACCCCGACAUUGACGGCACGUUCAACAUCAACAAGGGCCUCCGCCUCGCGCGCGAGCUCUUGUCCGCCAUCAACGAGUUGGGACUGCCGGCGGGAUGCGAAUUCCUCGACACAAUUUCGCCGCAGUUUUUCUGUGACCUGGUGGCGUGGGGAGCCAUUGGCGCCCGCACAACAGAGUGCCAACUCCACAGGGAACUGACGUCGGGGUUGUCGAUGCCCAUUGGAUUUAAAAACGGCACCGGGGGCUCCUUGCAACUGGCAGUAGACGCCGUCGUGUCGGCGGCGCACCCGCACAGUUUUCUCGGCGUGAGUUCGCACGGCUUGUCUGCGAUUGUAACCACCAAUGGUAACGACAGCUGCCACGUGAUCCUACGAGGCGGCAGCACAGGGCCAAACUACGCCAAAGAGCAUGUCGACAAAUGCUCCGAUCUGCUGCAAAAGCAUCACCAGCCUGACAAUAUCAUGAUCGACUGCUCCCACGGCAACUCGUCCAAGAACCACCGCAACCAACCUCUUGUAGCAGCCAACGUCGGAGCGCAAGUGGCCAGUGGCGAUGACCGCAUCGUGGGGCUUAUGAUCGAGUCGAAUUUGGUUGAAGGCGCGCAGAAACUUACGCCUGGCGUACCCCUCGAGUAUGGCAAGAGUAUCACCGACGCAUGUGUUAGCUGGGACGACACGGUCACGGUACUACAAGGGCUAGCAAAGUCGGUGCGAGACCGUCGAGUGGCCAAAGCCAAUUGAAAUAGCACCAGUCAAUCGUAGUAGUCGUGUAUUAGCUUGCACUUAGUCGAGUUGAAAAGUGUAAUAUAUAUUGCACUUUAUCGCAUACAUAUA